GUCAUGUCCGUCUUUCAUCGAACAGUCAGUCAAUCAAUUUUCUUUUGUGCGUUCGUCUGUUUGGUGACUCUCUCCGUGACUGUUUCUCGAAACGAAAAAAAAGUGACGAAAAUGCGAAAAACAUACACAUAAUUUUUGUCCCUACCCAGGUGUCGAUGCGAAAGAAUAUUGAUAAUUACAAUCCAAUCCUCGUAAAAAAGGCCGUGCCGUUGGACCAACUUUGAAAGCUGCAAGAAAAACAUCCAGAAGAUUUGCUGAGCAUUCCGAAAGAUAUCGGAAGCGAAAACAACUGGCCUGGCCGCGAUGGAUCAGGAAAAUACAUUUGCCAGCGUAGAGGAGGAGUGUUUGUUUUGGAAGGAGCGCUGUUUGCAAUUCCGUAAGGAUCGAAAUGACGUCCAGAAGGAAUUUGACGAUUUCACGGAGGAGUCACGGCAACUGGAAGCAGAGCUGGAGAUGACCGUCGAUCAGCAGGAAAAGAAGAUUCGCGAUCUUAACCAGCUGGUAAGCCAACUUCGCGUAGAGUGUGAGUCAUACAAGCGAAAGAUGACCAACAGUGAGAAUGAAUCGAAUAAGAUCGAUGCAGAUUACAAACAGUUGGUCAAGGAGAACGAGAAGUUCAAGGUUUAUAUCCGUGAACUAGAGCAAAAGAACGAUGAUUUGGAACGAGCCAACCGGGUGGCAAGUGAGAGCGUUGCGGAAUUUGAAUCGAUGUUGAAUCAGGCUUACGAAAAGAAUGCUCUUUUGGAACUCGAGGUUGACGAGAAGGAACGCAUGCAAAUCAAGUUACAGCGACUUAUGGACGAGGCUCGGGAUUUGAAACAGGAGCUGAAAGUUAGACACGUUCCCAAGGAUGAAGAAGAUGGGGAAGUAGCGGACACGCUCGCGGUUGACGACACACCGGAAGACAAAACACAAGAGAUCGCAUCCGGUGAACCUAGAUCCGACUCGAAUACCACCGCAAAUGUAUGCCUCAGUAGCAAUAAGCUAGAAAACCUCAAUAAUAACGUCAUUGGCAAAAAGACAGACCUAAAUGUUGUAGCCCUCGCGAAAUCGACCAGUAAACUCGACUUGGAACCCCCCUUAGGAACCAUGGACAAUGCAGUUAGUAAGAUAGAAGAUAGUACGCUGCAGCAAAAGUUGAUUAUAGAACGUAAUGGCAACCUGAAUAGCAGCUCGGCUUUGGUUUCGAGCGUCCUAAAUGCCCCAAUGGCCCCGAGCGAUCGAGUAUCUACCCUUACCAUUGUGGCAGACCUUCUACGACGGCUGGACAACAUGGAAGCCAAACUGAAGGCCUGGAAGAUUCGCAAGCCUUCAUCCCGGACGAAUCUGGCCUCCAGUGGAAACCACCGACAUAGCCAUAGUCAGUUGAAUAAUCACAGUUUGCACCAUUCCCACCAACUCGGUAUAUCAGCAGCUACUGGGGGAGGCGGAUUAACUGGAUCUGGCGUUCCGGCCGACAGUAGUGUAUCGUUGAAUUCCCUUGGCAGCGGGGACAGCUGUUGUAACGUUCAACUGCACUCCUAUCAACCAGGAAUGGCCACCAUCGGAACACAAACCUCUCAGCAGCAGCAGCAGCAGCAGAUUCCAUCACAGACGAAAGCCGAGCUGCGGACUAAUAAAUAAGCUAAAAACCAUUCUCUCACACUCUUUUACCCUUGCGCGUACACUUACUGUGUUUUUUUUAAUUAAAUUAUUUAAUUUAAUGGGUUAUAUUUUACGAAAAACUUCUUUAACGUGUAUUUGUACAUAGACGAAUCGAAGGGAGGGCACAGAGGGAGGUGGCAGUGUGCGAGACACAAAACAAAGGCAUACAGAUUUUUUUUGUAGGAUUAUGCUUUUUGAAACGUUGAUCGAAUUCAAAAAUACGUCUGUUCAAAUUGAUCGUUUUAAUGCUAAGUAGUAUUGUCCUUCGUUUAGAAUGAAUAUUUGUAAAAUGAUAAAUUCUAUUUUCUAGGAUUAAGCUCCGUCUAUAUUUUUUGGAAGACUUUAUGAACAUCAAUAAAACUAGUAACGAAUGCUCCACAAAUUGAGAAAAAAAAAUCAGACACAAAUUGACAUAACAAAUGCACUUCAAUGAGUGUUCACAUUAUUCCUACAUAGAAAAUUGCUAGCUAAGCUAAAAAGCACACUACAUCAUUCUCUCGCUUUCAGUUGCAGCUUCUCUAAACUAAAGAAACGAUCAAAAAUAAUAACUUAGCCGGGGGCAAACAGUUGGCACCCUUUAUAAAAAAAAAUAUAGCGAAAAAGUACUAGAUUACUUGUUUUCUAUAUACAGUACUGAACCGUAGUUUGAGUCUACAGAAAUCGAGCUAAUUGUACAGCAGUCGACAAAGCUAGCUGCUGAUAUGCUGAAAAAAAUGACAGUGUAGUAACCCGGAAAGAAAUGUUAAAUAAAAAUAUUUAUUGGAAGAG